AUGGUGUUGAAUAACUCCACCUUGAGCAGACUCAGCAGAACAUGCAAGAAGUACGACUUGCUGAUCACGCCCCUCCUCUACAAGCGCAUUUCUGUUGCUGCCAUGUUCCACGCACAUAUCGGAAAGCUUAUCCGUACCCUCGAACCACACCUGAGCAUUCAACAACGAAAGCAAUUGAAGAAGGAGGGUACAUACAAAGGCCAGAAGGACAUCUACCCAAGUAACCUCAGACCUGAUGAGAAGCCUAUCUGUGUGAACCAUGUCCGCCAGCUCGUCAUUGGAUCCGUCCAAGCGGGUAGGAAUCAUGAUUAUAUCGUCCAUCGAUAUAUUGAAGAAACGUUGAAGAAUACAGACAAUAUUGAAAUCUUGGAGUCUUGUUUCGUCACAGAGUGA